CCCGGCGGCGGGAGUGGCUCCGGGCGCGCUGCGGCAAGGCCGGGCCAGCUCCGGGAGCCGCUGCCCCCGGGGAACCUUCCCCUGCCCCGCCCGGAGCAACAGGGGCCCGGGCGGCCGCCAUGGACUCUGGCAGCGAGACCCACGAGCUCAACGGCGCGGCGGAGGGCGCGGACUCGGCGGCCGAGGAGCAGCGCAGAAGGUGGCAGUGGUUCCAAAGGAACAGACCCAUCAACAUCAACCACUAUGCCAACAAGAAGAGCGCGGCCGAGAGCAUGCUGGACAUCGCCCUGCUGAUGGCCAACGCCUCCCAGCUCAAAGCUGUCAUGGAGCAAGGGCCCUCCUUCUCCUUCUACGUCCCGCUGAUCAUUCUCAUCAGUCUGUCGCUCACCCUGCAAGUUAUGGUGGGAGUGCUCUUGAUAUUCCUUGUAAAAUAUGACCUUAACAACCCUGCAAAACAUGGAAAGCUGAAUUUCCUCAACAACCUUGCAACUGGACUAGUAUUCAUUAUAGUAGUUGUGAAUAUUUUUAUCACUGCCUUUGGAGUGCAGAAACCAGUUGCUGAGCCAGCAUCAAGACAGUAAGGACCAGAGACCUGGAGCAUCCAUUUUAGAUGCCAUUUGCAGUUGAGCCAGCUACGCUGGACACAGUGGGGAAAGAAAAAUAAUUUGAAGAAGCUGGACACACCAGGCAGCUUUCUCAAGCUUCCAACACACCUGUAUACCUGAAAUUUUCCCAUCUGUUAAUAUUUAAAUUGUUUGGCAUCUAAGAGAAGGUUAGUUUUGCCCCAAGGAUGCUGUUUUUCUGGAAUAUUGGCAUUUCAAUUUCUGAAGAAACUUAUUUUUUUUUCAGAGAAGUGACAUAAAUUCAUGAAACAAGGAAAUAGCAUCUGGUAGCAUUUCACAGGACUUUUCUUUUUACAUGCCUUUGGUUUUUGUGGCAAUUUGUCAUUUCACGAUGGUAAGAAAUGUCAGGCCUUUGAUUGUGGUGUGGUCACAUUGUCCUUCAUUUCACAGCUUGGCACCAAGCCCAUGCACUCUGUAGCCCAGCAGGGCUCUGGUUUGCAGUGUGUAAAGGUAGCUCUGCUUUUGCACAGCUUUUUGUUUUGCUUUUUUUUCCACUCUAGCUAAAGGAAAGAUGAGACAAAAAGAAAUAAGCAGCAUUCUUUUGCCCAGUUUUGUUCACAGGUAAUCAUUUGAAUUGUUUCUUCUGGGCACACUUAAAAUUUCCUGCCCUUCAUGCACAGACACAAAUCACCUAAUUGUUAAUGAUUUCUUACCAUGUAUUGCUAUUCUGUGUAUUCUGUCCAUAAUAUGUAUUUAUUUGAAUCAUAGAGUGGUUUGCAUUCAAGGGACCUUUGAAGCUCAUCCAGUUCCACCCCUGCCAUGGCAGGGAC